AUGGGGCUAUUGCUAUCGGAAGAAUUCGCCCCAAAAUCUUCUAUGGUCAACCGGGCCUGUCAUUCGGCCAGUCCCCCGCUCUCCAGUGGCCGCACAAAUUCAACUGGAGUCUUGAUGGACGAUUGUAUUCUGGAUACGAUCAGUAGUCGAAGCGCACGAGCUGUUAAAGGCUCGCCACGCGCAUGUGCAGCGUUUACCACACCAUUCCGCCACCAGGGCAGCUUUCGAGCUUCGCCGAGGCGGCGGAGGCUUUCUGCAACUUCUCACCGGCAAUUAAGCUCCUACAUUACGUCUUCUGGAGCGAAGAAAUGGAGUUCCGAGAUGGACGUGACCUCCGGGAUUAUUACUGAGACAGACGUGGCUCAAGACGCAUGCGAUGAACCUUCGCAGUCGCCGCAACCACACCCUCCUGCUGCUCUUGAUGAUGGUAAUUCACAGGAUGAGAGUGGGCCUUCAGAAAAUACCGAGCAGGCUACUCAAAAGGACCAGGAAGUAGUUGAUGGCGAGACCAAGACGCACUUUGAAAUGUUUCGACAGCCAGAAAUCAAUUCAAUCACGGACGAACAAUUGAUCGGUGAAGUUCGGCAGAUCUAUACCGGGCUGGUCGCGGUGGAAAAGAAGUGCAUUGAGCUCGACAAACAAGUACUAGAAUCCAAGACCGUUCUGACAUCCCAGCAAUGGCAAGCGAUGAUCGCGGUCCACCGAAGUUUGCUGUAUGAGCACCACGACUUCUUUCUUGCCUCCCAGCACCCAUCAGCGAGUCCAGUCGUGAAGCGAUUAGCGGAGAAAUAUGCCAUGCCCGCUCGAAUGUGGCGCUAUGGCAUCCACUCCUUCCUUGAACUCUUGCGCCACAAGCUCCAGGACUCCUUGGAGUACAUGCUGUCCUUCAUCUAUAUCGCCUAUUCGAUGAUGACGCUGUUGUUAGAGACCGUGCCUAUCUACAAGGAGAAUUGGAUCGAAUGUCUCGGUGACCUGGCACGGUAUCGCAUGGCCGUUGAAGAUACUGACAUGCGCGAUCGCGAGGUCUGGGCUAGUGUAUCGCGAUACUGGUACAGAAAGGACUCUGACAGAAAUCCCGAGGUGGGUCGGAUUCAGCAUCAUCUCGCAGUGCUGGCCCGUCCAGACAUGCUCAUGCAGCUCUUCUACUACACCAAGGCCAUGAUCAGCGUCCAGCCAUUUCCUUAUGCCAAGGAUAGCGCCCUUUUGCUCUUCAAUCCAUUAUUGAAUGAGCAAGCAUCUGAGAAACGCACAAUGAUUACCGCAUUCGUUGCAGCACAUGGAGCUCUUUUCACUGGCCGCCCAACUGAGCAAUUUGUCGCCCUAGGGAAUGAGUUUUUGUCCCUACUGCGCAAGGAUAUUGGACAUCUGGACCAACAGGGCCAACAAGGCGUCUAUAUUACUUCCUGUAAUCUAGCCGCAGUAUUUCAAUAUGGCGAUCCCGAAGUGGACAUUGUCAAAGCGUUCUCUCAACAACACGCUAGUCUCGCAGAGGUUUAUACCUCUGCACAAGAGCAAUGGAGAUCUAGCAAAGCAGCUUCUAGCCCUCCAACAAUUGAAUCUCCCACGACCUUGGGAACCUCUCUCGCAUCACACACUCUCUCCGUCAUUAUCAGCCAAAUCGGGGAUCCAAACAUGUAUCCAAGCACCCACAUUUCCCUGGCUUUUAUCUGGUGCUUAUCACUUCACCCUUCCGCGAUGCGACACCAUGAACAACUGAUCCCAUGGACGGGGAUCGCCACUUUCCUAAACACUCUGAUCCGCUCCGAUAUCGACAUUUCAAAGAUCGAAAACGAAUCAUUCCCCCGUCUCGAUGAUGGAGUCACCCCCCAACUCGCCGAAGACUAUCAGAUCCGCGGCCAAGUAUGGAGUCAACUGUACUACCCAGAAGGAUUCUUCGACGAUGCCCCCGAUGAGGACGAGAGGCCAACCAUUGAGGAACCGUCUGCAGUUAUCCCAAGGAAACACCGGUGUCUCUGGCUAGGUGUCCGGCUUGCAACUUUCCGCCGUUGGCUCUCGUACGAUUCUACUAUACCGCGCUUCACAGCAACUCCCCUGGCCCUAGAAUCCGCACCUAUCGCAGAAUCUUGUGGUGGUCUCACCAGCACGCCACAACCCUCCACCACCGCUGAGAAAUCACCACCUGAUGAUGUUGAGAUGCACGGAGUUUGA